CUUCCUAUGGGACGUCAGUGCGUCAAUCAUUACCGCAGACUGAGGCGGCACUGUGUGUUUUCUCACGAAGAACUUAUCUUCAAAAUGGCGGCGGACCCGGAGUGCUUGGAUGUGGGGUUGGCAGCUUCGGUGUGUAAAGAGAUGACGGUAAUGAUCGAGGAGGAGAGCAGGAUACGGGAGAACGCAGUGCAGAUGGGGAUUCAGCAGUCAGAAGAGGAAGUCUUUGAGCUGGUCCCAGAUGAUGAGAGACAGUGCGCCUCCUGCAGGACAACCUGCUUCCUCUCCGCUCUCACCUGUAGUUGUAACUCUGAUCGACUUGUGUGUCUGCACCAUGUAGACGAGCUGUGUGCGUGUCCUGUACAGAACAAGUGUCUAAGGUACCGAUACUCCCUUGAAGAUUUCCCGGCCCUGCUGUACGGAGUGAAGUUACGCGCCCAAUCCUACGAUACGUGGGUCAGUCGAGUAACAGAAGCCCUGACAGCCAGCCUGAACCACAAAAAAGACAUCAUUGAGCUGAAGGUGAUGUUGGAGGAUGCAGAGGACAGGAAGUUCCCGGAGAACGAACUUUACCGUAAGCUGAGAGACUCCAUAAAGGAGGCGGAGACCUGCGCGUCGGUAGCUCAGCUUCUUCUUGCCAAGAAGCAGAAACACAGUAAGCUGAGCCAAGACUCUGGGAAGACUCGCACUAAGCUCACUAUGGAAGAACUCAAAGCCUUCGUCCAGCAGCUGUUCAGCCUGCCCUGCAUCAUCACACAGGCCCGGCAGGUUAAGAAUCUGCUGGAUGACGUGGAGGAGUUUCAUGAGCGUGCACAGGAGGCAAUGUCUGAUGAGAUUCCAGACUCCGGUAAGCUCCAAGCUCUUAUAGAUAUGGGAUCCAACCUGUACGUGGAGCUCCCCGAGUUACCUCGAUUGAAACAAGAGCUGCUGCAGGCGCGGUGGCUGGACGAGGUGCGCCAGACGCUUUCUGACCCCCAUAAGGUCACCUUGGACGUGAUGAAGAAGUUGAUAGAUUCGGGUGUGGGCCUGGCUCCCCAUCAUGCCGUAGAGAAAGCAAUGGCUGAUCUGCAGGAACUGCUGACGGUGUCCGAGAGGUGGGAAGAGAAAGCCAAAGUCUGUCUGCAAGCCAGGCCGCAGCACAGUGUGCCCAGUCUUGAAAGCAUCCUGGCGGAGGCGAAGAACAUCCAGGCGUAUCUGCCCAACGUGUUGGCGCUGAAGGAAGCUCUGCAGAGAGCCAAGGACUGGACCGCAAAAGUUGAAGCCAUUCAGAAUGGCAGUCACUAUGCAUACCUGGAGCACCUGGAGUGCUUGCUGAGCAAGGGCCGACCGAUCCCAGUGCGACUAGACGCCCUCCCGCAGCUGGAGUCUCAGGUAGCGGCGGCACGAGCCUGGAGGGAGCGCACCGGCAGGACUUUCCUAAAGAAGAACUCCAGCUACACGUUACUACAGGUGCUCAGCCCACGUAGUGAUAUCGGGGUUUAUGGGAGCGGCCGUAAUAAGAGGAAGAAAGCGAAGGAGCUGCUGGAGGAGAAAGACCUGGAUCUGGACUCUAUGAGCGAACUAGAAGAGUCACAGGAGGAGCCGCGGGACACCGCCUCCGUGGUUGCAUUAUUUAAGGAUUUGGAGCACAAAGAGGUGGAUUCGAUGCGUUCACUGCGGUCAGCCAAUCUGGCCAAGAUGGCGAUGGUGGAUCGCAUUGAGGAAGUUCGGUUCUGUAUCUGCCGCAAAGCUGCCAGCGGCUUUAUGUUACAGUGUGAGCUUUGUAAGGACUGGUUCCACAGUACGUGCGUGCCCCUGCCCAAAACCAGCAACCAGAAAAAGGGCACAAGUUGGCAGUCAAAGGACGUGAAGUUCCUGUGCACACAGUGCAUGCGAUCCCGGCGGCCGCGGCUGGAGACUAUCCUCUCCCUGCUGGUGUCUCUGCAGAAACUACCGGUGCGGCUGCCCGAGGGCGAAGCUUUACAGUGCUUGACGGAGCGGGCAAUGAGCUGGCAGGACCGGGCACGGCAGGCGCUGGCCACGGAAGAACUGUCCUGUGCCCUGGCCAAGCUCUCUGUGCUGAGUCAGCGUAUGGUGGAGCAAGCUGCACGGGAGAAGACGGAGAAGAUCAUCAGUGCGGAACUACAGAAAGCGGCAGCGAACCCUGACCUGCAGGGUCAUCUGCCCAUAUUCCAGCAGGGUUCCUUCAGUCGGGGGAUAUCCAGUGUGGCCUCUUCUCCACAGCCACCUCUAGACUAUUACGAUGAGGAGACCGACUCCGAUGAGGAUAUCCGAGAGACUUACGGUUAUGAUGUCAAGGAUACCGGUAGCAUCAAGUCCUGCAGCAGCUUAGAACCCAACCUGUUCUGUGACGAGGAGAUACCCAUCAAGUCAGAGGAAGUUGUCAGUCACAUGUGGACCACUCCGUCCUUCUGUGCGGAACACGCGUACUCCUCCGCCUCCAAGAGCUGCGUGCAACCUUCAAACACUCCCCGAAAGCAACCACGGAAGACCCCUCUGGUGCCUCGCAGCCUGGAGCCCCCCGUUCUGGAGUUAUCCCAUGGAGCGAAGUGCCAGCUGGAGGAGCUGAUGAUGUUAGGGGACCUGUUAGAAGUCUCUCUGGAUGAGACACAACACAUUUGGCGGAUACUGCAGGCAACACAUCCCCCGUCGGAGGAGCGGUUCCUGCAUGUCAUGGAGGAUGACAGCCUGGAUGAGAAGCCCCUCAGACUGAAAAGUAGGGAUUCUUCCGACAAGAAACGCAAGCGGAAAUUGGAGCGAGCGGAACAGUUCCUGGGCGAGGGAAAGCAAAGGUCCAAGGACCUGAAGAAACUGGACAAGACCAAAAAGAAGAAGCUCAAGCUGGGACACGACAAGGCCAAGGAGCUCAGUAAAUUGGCCAAGAGGCUAGCCAAAGAGGAGGAGCGCAAGAGGAAGAAGGAGAAGGCGGCAGCCGCCAAGGUGGAGCUCACCAAAGAGCUGAUCGAGAAGAAACGGGAGAAGAAGGUGCUGGACAUCCCAUCUAAGUAUGACUGGUCCGGGGCCGAGGAUUCCGACGAUGAGAACGCCAUAUGUGCGGCCCAGAACUGCCAGCGGCCCUGCAAGGACAAGGUGGACUGGGUGCAGUGUGACGGCGGCUGUGACGAGUGGUUCCAUCAGGUCUGUGUCGGCGUCUCCUCCGAAAUGGCGGAGAACGAGGAUUACAUCUGCACGAACUGUAACCAAAAGCGAGUCCCGGGCCCCUGCCUGCCCUGCCCCCCCUGCCCGCCCACCUUGACUUUCACCCCUGGUUUCCCGUUGCCCACCAUCGAGGUGAAGCAGGAGGUCAGCUAGCAGAGUGGAUUUAUUUUAUUUCCUUUUUAUUUUGUUUCCCCUCCAUAGACUGGUUAACCCUUUCCUGCAGAGCCGUCUGUUGUUAGGUAGCGCCCUCGGCCUCGCACAGCGCCCCCCGGCCCCCCGAUCAUUGGACUGCAGCUCUGUGGGGAAGAUAAAACUGUUCUCCCCCCUCCGGUACCUACAUGAUCCCACCCAUCCACUUUUACCUAAUGGAAGCCAGAAUGCUGCAGGAUGCGCACACACGAUGGCUGCGGGGGGCGUGGCGGUCAUCCUCACGGGUGAAGUAUGAAUGCCGAGGGUCCCAGGAGCCACGUGGAGGGGGGAUAUGACUUUGGCCGCUCCCGGUGUGGGUGAUGGGUGUCGCGUUUUUAGAAAAUCCCCCGGGGAAGGUCGGAGCCGUCUUCCCUUUCUUCUUUCUGUGACUACUGACUGUUGUAUAAAUAGUUUUCUCUCCUA